CCACUUCUCGUCUCCCUCUCGUCCGUUCCCUUUCUAUCUUCUUCUUUCUCCUUCCUGCAAUAGCAGAAGCUAUCAGUUUCUCUGGGGGAGAAGGGCGCGAUUGGAUUUACUUGACUUGUGGCUCUUGAAAUGGAGAGAUGGGGGAAGGAGCGGCAGCGGCGUGGUCACGAGUGCCCAUCCUUCUCCUCCACGCUGCUCGACGCAAUCUACCGUUCCAUGGACGAGUCCGACGCCGGAGGAGCGCCCGAGCCUUCCCUCGCCGCCUCGAGGAGGCCCGCCAUGGUGGUCAGCGAGAGGGCGGGGAGCCGACCCCGUGGCCUCCCGCCCAUCUCUACGUCGAGCUCCUCAGAUAAUUCCAGCUACGGGGGCUUCUCCUCCUCCUCCGAGCCUGAGUCGGCGUCGAGCCACCGAGCCCGACUCAGGCCUAUCCGUAGCGGGGAGGCGCCGGCUCGCUGCACCGCCGUCUCCAGCCCUCCUACUCGUCCUCCCCCGCCGCCACCGCUGCAGCAGCAUCAACGGAUCUCCUCGCCGCCGGUCGUACACCACCGCGAGAGGACGAAGUCGAGCUCGAUCCGGAGCAAGCUCUGGGAUCUGGGGCGAUCCAAGGCGCCAGCGUCACCAGGGGGCCGCCUCGCCGCCCUCCUGAACUCUCUUUUCGCCUCCGCAGCCAAAAGACCGAAGAAGUCCAAAACCCCGACCGCCACCGCCGCGGGCGCCGUCGGCGGCUACGACGACUCGGCCUGCUCCACUCUGUCAUCUCACUCCCGAUCGUGCCUCGUCAAGGCGCCGUCGUCGAGGCGGGCACCACCGGCGGAGGACGAGGGAGCGAAGAGGUCGGUGCGGUUCCACCCGAUGAGCGUGAUCGUGGGCGAGGACCUGCGGCCGUGCGGGCAGAAGAACGUGUACGCUGGCGAUCGGGCGGCGGAGGGGAGGCGGCGAACGGUGGCGACGGAGGUGGAAGGGAAGGGGAAGACAAAGACGAGGAUGAGGGUGGAAGAACUCCUGAGAAGGUUCGAAGACGGGGAAGAAGAAGACGGAGAGAUCAGCGACUCGAGCUCGGAUCUGUUCGAGCUGGAGAAUCUGACGGUGAUGACAGGGGGAGAGGGAUAUAGGGAUGAGCUUCCAAUGUACGAGACUACGCAUGCCGCUACUAAUCGCGCCAUUUCUCGUGGACUCGUCCCCUAACUUAAAAUAAAAAAAGGGGAAUAAUCGGAAACAAAUAGAGAAAUAUUGGUGAAAAAAGAAAUUUAAUGUAAUUUUCUCUCUAGUUUCAGUGUGUCUUUAUUUUUAUUUUUAUUUUUGCUUUGUUGGGGAUGCAAACUGUUUAAAACUGAGGAAAAAAAAAGGGAAAAAAAUGAAAUGAAAUAUCCUAAUUUUA